GUCGUCACUGGUGUAUCGUUUGGACCGGUAUACCGAGUUACCGGUCGCGCCGAGUGUGAUUUUAAAACAUCAUAAUAUACUAGAAUUAUUAUUAUUGUUACUGUCAUCUUAAAUUGGCACAUGCUGCCGGACGACUAUCAUGUUGUGCACGGACGUGUCAUCCAACAGGUUGAAGUAUAACUACACGUGGAUGGCGAACCUGCACGGCCUGAACCUGACGCAGGAAGAUCUGCAGUAUCUGAUCAACAUAACGUCGUUGGUCCCGGACGACGGGUCACCGAACCACCACCACCAGACGGACGCUGGUUGCUACAACUGCGGCGGCGCCGUGAAGAGCUACUCGCUGCUGUUCCGGGAAGUGCACGGCUACGUCAGCCUGUUCCUGUGCUUGUUCGGCGCACUGGCCAACGCGCUCAACAUCGCGGUGCUGACGCGCAAGGACCUGGCCGGUUCGCCGAUCAACCGGAUUCUGUGCGGGCUGGCUCUGGCCGACCUGGCCCUGAUGGUCGAGUACACGCCGUUCACGUGCUACAUGUACUUGACCACCGCCAAAAAGGAGGAGUUCUCGCACGUGGGCGCCGUAUACGUGUUGCUGCACACGUACGUGUCCCAGGUGUUGCACACCACGUCCAUAGCGCUCACGCUCGUCCUGGCCAUGUGGAGAUAUGUCGUCGUCAAAUUACCCAACUCUAUGCACACUAUAUGUUCCGACCGGCGAUGUACUAUAGCCAUCAAAUUAUCGUACCUAUUGCCGUUUAUUAUUUGCAGUCCAACGUUUCUAGUGUUCGAAAUACUGGAAACAAAAGUCGUCGAAAACGGCACUGUGGCCACGCUAUAUCAUUUGGGCUUGAGCACAAUAGCAAGAGUGAAUCAUGAACUAUUGUACAUGAUACAUCUAUGGACAUAUGCUGUGAUCAUCAAACUACUGCCUUGCCUAAUACUUACCGUCGUUACCAUAUCUCUGAUAAACGCGUUGAGUGAAGCAUCAGAAAGGAAAGCAAAGCGACUUCCGACCCAGCAACAAAUGGCUCGUAUAAGAAAUAUGAAACUCAAGAAAAGGAUGGACCGAACAAGCCGUAUAAUGAUUGCAGUAUUGUUAUUAUUUCUUGCGACAGAAUUCCCGCAAGGAAUACUGGGUCUAUUAAGCGGCAUACUGGGAAGGGGCUUUUUUCGAACUUGUUACAAUUUAUUUGGCGAACUUAUGGAUAUGUUGGCUCUCUUGAAUGCAUCGUUAAACUUUGUAUUUUAUUGCUGCAUGAGCAAACAGUUUCGUGUAGCGUUUGGACAAUUAUUCAAAACGCAGCCUAGCAUUAUGUUUAAGCCCAGCAAUAUUUUGGAGACAUUCGUAUAGGGUUUGGGGGAGGAUUAGGACAGGCGGAUUGAAACCGUGAAAAUUAACCGAAUAUUGCCAAUAUGUCUGCUAUUUAAUCCUGAUGGAAAUUACGGGUAAGUUAACUUAUUUAAUAGUUAUUAAAUAUGUUCAAACAUAAACGUUUAACCCAAUUAUAAUCACCAACCAAGUCAAUAGCUUUUAUAAUAUAAGCUUA